GAAACUACUUUGACUGACACUGGCGAGCACAGACUCAACGGCCCGGUCCGUCAAGUUACUGAACGGGUGAAUGGCCAAAGUGGGGAUGACCCCACUUAUCAGCAGUUCAGGAGAACUAUAGAGACAGCAGAGUCGAGGUAGACGAAUAAACACCAUGGUGGGAGUGGAGUGCAGGUCUGAGCAGGCGAGGGUGUGAUCCCUCUGCAGUUGGUCGACAAAGAGAGCGACAGCCGGGCAGAUCGAGACUGUCAAAGGGGAAGAAGAAUGGCUCAGAAUGUUAACUUUGACCUGAGCCACCCUCUCAUAGAAGCUGGACUGGAGAGCCCAGUAGAUGAGGAAGGGGUUCAUGACUCAUUCAGCCAGCUGAUAGCAGAGCAGAGUCAGAAUGAAGGACUGUCUGACGCCUUUGAGCUGCAGCAGCUGCAGAGACAACUGGACGAGGAGGAUCGAGACGAUGUUGCCUUCCUGUCCAGCCCUGGACAUGACUUUAGGGAAAGAAGGCCGAUGCGAAGGGACGUGGAAUGGCAGGAUAAUGAAGGACAGGCAGACCCUCUCGUAGGUGAACGUUGGUCCUCGGCAACCAUGAAGGUCCUGUCCUCCAUGCCCAGUCGCACAAUCGGUCGCAGCCGGGGAGCCAUCAUCUCUCAGUACUACAACAGGACCAUGCAGCUUCGGAGACGCAGGCAGAGCAGACCCGCCAUCCGGGACUUCUCCCGCUCUGCCAGACCGAGCAUACGAGGCUACGGCUUUGAGGUCGACAGUACCGACGCAGAGGUGAGUAAGAGGGAUCGUUUGGUGAACAACCUACAGAACCUGUCCGUGAGUGACAGAGUCAGGAUGCUCAGAGGGAUGCCUCUCAGUGUGGCUGAGAAGAGCGAACUGAGGAGUUUAGCUUUACAAAAGGAAAAACGCACACUUUCUGGCAGUCAGAUCCCGUGUUGCAGUCAACUCAAAUAUUACAUCAUCAUUGGUGCAAGACAUAGUUGGUACAGCUGGCUGAACUUCCUGCACUCCCUCCACCUGUGGCAAGUGGCGCUCAAGACAGUGAGCGGUCGUUUCGGCACUGGUGUCCUCUCCUACUUCCUGUUCCUUAAGACCCUACUCUUCUUCAACGUCUUCCUGUUCCUGGUGACGGGUGCGUUUAUGGUGCUGCCUCAGGCAGUGCACCCUCCAGUGCUGCCUGCGGGGCGAAGCUCCUUCUCUGGACUGGAGCUCCUCACUGGAGCGGGCUAUUUCUCAGACACAGUGAUGUACUAUGGAUACUACUGUAACUACACUCUGCGUAAGAGCUGCAGGGAUGAUGGUGGAGUGCAGAAUGUCUCUUUGUCCAAUGGAACCAGGCUGGACUGUGUGUCGAAGCACCUCUCUUAUAACAUGCCGCUGGCAUACUUUUUUACCAUAGGAGUGGCUUUCUUCAUCACAUGUAUCAUUCUUGUUUACAGCAUGUCAAAGUCGUUUGGUCAGAGCUUCCGAAUCGAUAAAUCUCACAGUAUUUUGGCCAUGAAGGUCCUCUGCUCCUGGGACUUUAAGGUCAUCAAGAAAAGUUCUGUCAAACUCAUGUCUGAGAAUAUCAGCACCCAGCUCAAGGAGCUGCUAGCAGAGGUGAAUCAAAAGAAAGUCAAGAACACAGCGUGCCAGAAGCUGGGGAGACUGAUGGUUCAUGGCCUGGCAUGGACUAUCUGCAUAGCGAGCACCACAGCCUGUGUGCUUGCUAUUUACUACUUCUCUGGUUACAUGCACAAGAACCUCCAGCAAAGUUCUCUUAGUGCCGACAAGAACCCCUUGCUGACUGAGGCCAGCCUGCUGGCUCUCCCCGUGGUGGUGUCCCUCAUCAACCUGCUGCUGCCCGGCCUGUUCAACCUUGCAGCCUGGAUGGAGGACUAUGAGUCACCUUCUGUACGCACAUAUGUCGCCAUCUGCAGAAACUUGAUGUUGAAAGUAAGCGUUCUUGGACUCCUGUGCUACCACUGGCUCGGUCGGGUGGCUGCUGAACCUAAAAGUAUUGGACUGAAGUGCUGGGAGAGUUUUGUUGGCCAGGAGCUUUAUCGUUUCCUACUUAUGGACUUCAUCUUCACUCUGCUGGACACCUUGUUUGGAGAAUUUCUUUGGAGGUUGUUUUCUGAGAAGGCGCUGAAGAGGAGGAGGAAACCAGUAUUUGAUAUUGCCAGGAACGUCCUUGAACUUAUCUAUGGACAGACGUUGGCCUGGUUGGGUGUUCUCUUCACCCCUCUCCUGCCUGCAGUGCAGAUUCUCAAGCUCUUGCUGCUCUUCUACGUUAAAAAGAGCAGCGUAAUGAUGAACUGUCAGGCCCCCAGGAAGCCAUACAGAGUCAGCCAGAUGACCACCGUCUUCAUCACUCUCCUCUGCUUCCCCUCCUUCCUCGGUGCCUCUGUGUGUGUCACAAUCACCAUGUGGAGCAUCACGCCCUCCUCAUCGUGCGGUCCGUUCCGAGAGCUCAAAACAAUGUUCCAGGCGGGGAAACGGUGGGUGGAAGAACUGGAAAAAGAUAAUCCCAACCUGUCCGUGCUGGCCAGGGCUCACUCCUACCUGGUGGAAAACCCUUUCUUCCUGUUUGUGGGAGCAGGCAUCUUCUUGAUUGUCAUCUACUUCCACAGUCAGGUGGUGGACGGUCAAAGGAAGAUCAUUAGCUUACUUCAGGAGCAGAUUGAAAAUGAGGGGGAGGAUAAGAAGUUUCUGAUCACUCGCCUCCAGUCUAUCCACGAGAAAAAACGAACCCCCGCUCGAAGACUCACAAGUCAGGAUUCCAGCUGUUGAGAUCCCAACCUCCAGUAGACAAGCCUCCUCAAUUCUCUGAGCACUGAGGUUUGGAGAAAUCUUAAACCAGCGUGGAUAUAACUGGACCAAUAACAGGGAAGGACAACUGUAUAUAUGACAAAAUUCUAUCAUGUAUUAUGCAUUUUAAUUUUGGCCAGUAUUUUAAUGGCUGGAGCAUUAGUAGAGAGUCAAAACAAACCAAGUGGAAAUAUCAGGUGAAACAAAGCUGUCUGCUUUAUACAGUGCUGUUUAGAGAUUCAAAUCCCUGAACUGGAACUUUAGAAAGUUCAAUGUUACAGACGGACAGUAUAACCGGAGAAAUCUUGAAGCUGAUGUUAAUCGGUUUCCACGGAUUUUAGUCAUCUCUCAUAAAAGCACUUUCAUAUCAACUGUGAACAAAUAGAUUUUAUUAUUUCUGGUGCAAAAUACUAUGUAGUCUACAGUGUUUUUGUUUUUUUAAUUAUUUUAAUUAUUUUUUUUAAAUAAUUUGAUCAGUAUGUAUGUAUGUAUGUUGUGCAGUAGGUAAACUUUGGAUGUUGUGGGUGUGAGUGUGAUAAUACUGGAAAUUACUUUUUUGUUUUUCCCUUUUGUUUUCUGAGUCACUCUUUUGGGGCUUUAACUGCCAAUGUAUUGUCAUACUGUAGCAAUUAAAUUAUGUUUUUAUCAUA